AUGACUUCCUCUGUCAGCCUGCUUCUGCUGCUGCUUGGCCUCUCUUAGGAGAAAGGAAGCCCACAAGAAGACGAAGUAGGAGAAGAAGAAGACACCAUCGACAUGACCACCAGGAUUCUGAGCACCAAUAAUGGCUCCAAUGAGAACCUGCUGGAAGGAGACCUGCUGGCUCCCAGAACCAGAAAUGCCAUGAGCUUUUCCCAAAGCUGCUUGUGGAAGAAAGCCAAUGGUGUGGUGACAAUCCCCUAUGUGGUGAGCUACCACUUCAGCCAGUAUGAGAAGAACAUGAUCACAACAGCCAUGAAGGCGUUUGAGAGCAGGACCUGCAUCCGCUUCAAGGAGCGUCCCUGGGAGUACGACCAUAACAGCAUCGAGAACAAACAGGGAUGUUUCUCUGCUCUGGGCAGAGCCAGAGGCAAACAGGUGUUGUCCCUCAACAAACAGGGCUGCCUCUACCAUGGCAUCAUCAUUCACGAGCUCAACCACGCUUUGGGCUUCCUGCACAAGCAGACCAGGAGCGACCACGAUUCUUAUGUCAGGAUCAACUGGCAGUACAUCAACCCACAGAAUGCCUACAACUUCUACAAACAGACCACCAACAACCUGAACACUCCCUAUGACUACUCCUCCAUCAUGCACUAUGGAAAAACGGCCUUCAGUAUGAACAUGAAGGAGACCAACCCCAUCCCCAACGCCAACGUACAGAUCGGUCAGACGCAGGGCCUGCUCUCCUGGGACAUCAAUAGGCUCAACAUGCUCUACAGAUGUUAACAACAAGGUUUCCUAUUAUUUAUCUAUUAGGAGACACUAA